GGAAGGUAAAUUUCGGAAAAUUUUCCGGAACUAUUCGCAGCAACCGGGCCGACCGGGCCAUUCGCAGUUUCGAACAGGUUGAUGGCGCUGGCGUCUCGAAAACAAUCGAAUCGAUUUUGAUUAAUUUUUUUAUGAGGAGCAGCUUUUAUCAGGAAAUUUCACUGAUAUGCCUCAGACUCCAGUCAAUUCGGCCAUGGAUGAGCAGGAAAAGCUCCUGGGUGAUGCCAUACAGGUGGUGCAGAGUCAAGCAUUCCAGAUGAAGUGUUUCCUGGACAAGGGACGCCUCAUGGAUGCCCUCAAAGGAGCUUCGACGAUGCUGGGUGAACUCCGGACGUCACUGCUGUCGCCCAAGAGCUACUACGAACUCUACAUGGCGAUAACAGAUGAACUCCGUCACUUGGAACUCUACCUUCUGGAUGAAUUCCAGAAGGGACGCAGAGUUCCGGAUCUCUAUGAACUGGUUCAGUAUGCGGGGAAUAUUGUGCCGCGUCUGUACUUGCUCAUAACCGUGGGUUUGGUGUACAUCAAGACAAAUGGGGCUCUCAAACGGAGCAUCCUCAAAGAUCUCGUAGAAAUGUGCCGGGGCGUUCAGAAUCCCCUUCGCGGACUCUUUCUGCGCAAUUACCUGCUCCAGUGCACCCGUAACAUCCUCCCGGACAGCCUCACGUCCACCGAGGACAGUGAGGGCACGGUCUACGAUUCCAUCGAUUUUGUCCUGAUGAAUUUUGCCGAGAUGAACAAACUCUGGGUCAGGAUGCAGCAUCAGGGGCAUUCGAGUGAGAAGCAAAGACGUGAGAAGGAACGGGAGGAAUUGAAAAUUCUCGUGGGGACGAAUCUCGUGCGUCUGUCUCAGCUCGAAGCAGCCACUCUGGACACCUAUCAGCGUCUCAUUCUGCCCGGAAUUCUGGAGCAAGUGGUCAGCUGUCGCGAUGCCAUUGCCCAGGAAUACCUCAUGGAGUGCAUCAUUCAAGUGUUUCCGGAUGAAUUUCACCUGCAAACCCUCGAUCCCUUUCUCAAAUCCUGCGCCCAAUUGCAAUCAGGUGUUAAUGUGAAGAACAUCAUAAUAUCGCUGAUUGAUCGUCUGGCUGCGUUCAAUCAGCGCAACGGGAAGGGUGCCAUGGGCAAUGAGGGUGGUGAGGGCGGUGAGGGUGAUUUGGGUGUUGAGGUGCAGCUGUUUGAGGUGUUUAGCAUUCAAAUUGCGAAUAUUGUGCAAGUACGCACGGAUAUGCCCCUGGAAGAUACUGUAUCGUUGCAGGUGGCAUUAAUAAGUCUCGCACAGAAAGUCUAUGCAGAUCGGGUGGAUUAUGUGGAUAAAGUCCUCGAGACGACAAAUCACAUUCUCGAGCGUCUCAAUAUGACGAGUAUUCCGCAUACGUUGACGGUUAAUCAGGAGUUGUCGCGUCUUUUGCGAAUGUGCGUGGACUUUUACAGUGUCCUGACAAUUCUGCAAUUGAAGUUUUUUGCGCCACUUUUGGAGAAAUUUGACUAUAAUUCGCGAAAAUCCCUGGCACUGUAUAUUGUGCUGAAUAUUCUGGACAAUGAGACAUUGAUACCGACGUCAGAGCAGGCUGAUAGUGUUUUGGGAAUGUUGGGACCGUUGCUUAAGGAUCAGGAUGAUCAGCCGGCAAUGAAGCCGGAUGCGGAGGAUUUUGCCGAAGAACAGGGAAUUGUGGCGAGAUUUGUGCAUUUGCUCAAAUCCGAUGAUCCCGAUACACAGUACAAAAUCCUCCAGACGGCCAGGAAGCAUUUUGGUCAGGGUGGUGGUGCUAGGAUAAAGCAUGUACUGCCACCAAUUGUCUUUCAGGCAUUUCAAUUGGCUCACAAGUACAAGAGUAUCAGUGAAGAGGAUGAAAUGUGGGAUAAAAAGUGUCAGAAGAUUCUGCAAUUUUGCCAUGGAACAAUUUCUGUUCUGGCAAAGUCAGAACUGCCAGAAUUGGCAUUGAGGUUGUACCUUCAGGGGGCGCUGUGUGUUGGACAGAUUGGUUAUACAAAUCACGAAUCUGUGGCAUAUGAUUUUAUGACAAGGGCAUUUUCACUGUAUGAGGAUGAAAUAAGUGAUUCAAAGGCUCAAUUGGCAGCAAUUACACUGAUUAUGGCGACUUUUGAGCAAAUGACGUGCUUCAGUGAGGAAAAUGCUGAACCAUUGAGGACAAAUUGUGCCCUGGCAGCUUCAAAGUUGCUCAAGAAGCCCGAUCAGUGUCGUGCAGUUGUCACGUGUGCCAGUUUAUUCUGGAGUGGGAAGCAAAAUGGGGGUGAGAUGCAUGAUGAGAAGAGGACAUUGGAGUGCCUAAAGAAGGGUGCUCGAAUUGCAUCUCAGUGCCUGGAUCAGGGAGUUCAGGUGCAAUUGUAUGUUGAACUCCUCAAUCACUACAUAUUCUACUUUGAGGCUGGACAUUCGGGUAUCACAGUUCCCAUUCUCAAUCAACUCAUCACGAAGAUCAAUGAGGAACUGCCGAAUUUGGAGCCGUCGGAGGAGACUAAACAAAUUGAGAUGCACUAUCAGAAUACAAUGGCUCACAUUCGGAAUAAACUGGAGAGUUCAGAAACUGGCCUAGAGGCGGCAUAUGCGGGAAUUAUGCUGAACUAGAAAUUUGCAAAACCUUCCCACGAAAAGCGGAAUUUGGAUGUGUUAUUUGUGAGAAUUAAGGUAAGAGAUGAUAAUCUUUUUCCAUUUCAAUUUUUGGAGAUGUGUAUAUAGAGAGAAAGGACGGGAGAGGAACAGAGAGAGAGAGAAAAGGAUAUAUUUAUUUUGGAAUUUUCACAAUGAAAAAAGAAAGUUUAAUAGACAAUUUUAGAGUUUUCCUGCUCAACACAUUGUAAGAAUAAAAAAUGCCCAACAGAAAAAGUCCACUCUCCCUUGUACUAGUAUUUUUAUUAAUUAGAAAAAAAGAGUAAAAAAAAAGAAUGAAUCCAUUUAGAAAGACAGAGUUUUACGUGAAUAUUUUUACAAAAAAAAGAAAGAGGAAAAUUGUGCACUGCAAAAUGUUCUUUCCCAUUUUCCCAAGGCAAAAGAAGUAUAGCAUGAACGAGUGAAAUACGAAUAUUGUGUAUAAAUGAGAAAUGAUUAAUAAAUAUAAAUUAUAUCCAUUAA